AUGUCCGCGACGCCCAAUUUCUCUUGGACGCCAUACGAUUUGCCGCCAGGCCGUUCGCGUAAGUGGCCAACGUUGGCCGCCGAAGUUGCACCCUCGCAGACCCGUGCAAGCCUCAAAGAAGCUGUGCAAUUCCGGCUCGAUGAGCCAGAGAGUGAUGUCAAAGUUGCAAUCUCCAUCACUGUAUCUGACCGGAAGAUACUUGUCGAGCGUUGGGCCUCCGUGCUAUAA